GUCUUCUCCUAGCCAGCUCCACUCGCUGCCAAGACCGAGGGAGAGUUCGCAUUAGAAACUUACAAAAGAGGAUAAUCUUCAUAUCAAAAUGUAUCUGGCUGGAGUUUUGGUGCUAGCGCUGUCCGCAGUCGUACUCAUCUCGGCACACCCUCUCGAUUCACAGCAGGAACCACAAUCAGUGGAGCCAGCAACCGUUGUGCGAGAAAAAAGGACGAUUGGAAUUUUAAGAGAUCUGUUCCCCAACUUUUCACAGAUUAUCGAUAGGAAGAUCCAAAUGCUGACGCGGAUCAUCUUCCGGAUCGUGGGACGGCUGGUGCUGCAGGGCGGCGGGGGAGGGGGCGGCGGCGGCGGGGACGAUGACGACAGGAAGAUAUCCAUCACCCUCCCCACCUACCCGCCCGACCAGCUCGACGAUGAGGACGAGGAUGAGGACGCCACGGCCACCCCCGUCGACGGCUCCACCGACCCGACCACCAACGCGGAUUCAGAAAAUACAGUAAACGAUAAUAGAAAAAGAGAAGUAAGGUCAAAAAGGAGUCCUGAUGAACAAGCUGAAGAGGAAGAAGAAGAUCUUGAACCCGAUGCUACAGGAGAUAAUGAAGUUGCCUCUGACAAUGAAGCAGAAAGUGAUGGGGAAGCUGUUGAUGAAGAAGACCCACGUAAUAAAAGGUUUCUGAACUUUAACCUCGGUGCUUCUGGAGAUGCUGCAGGAGGUUCUGGAGGCGGGUCUGGCAACUUUCUUUUUGAUAUCAUCAGGUUGGUUGCAGGAAGUGGUAACACCCAAGGAGGUGAUGCCUCCCACGCAGCAGUAGAAGAAGCCAAGGAAGAAUUAGUUCCAGGACCGUUAACGAGACUGUUUGUUGUAGCAAACAAAGGUGUAGCUGCCCUCAUACAAGACCUAAUUCUGCGCUUGGCACAAACAAGCGAAAGAAUAGUCAACUUCAAGGCUAAACUGAUUACAUCUAUUAUAUAAACGAAGCCAGGCUCAAUUUCUCUUCUUCCUUUUGACGUGGCCUAUGUUUUCAAACCGACAUAACUUUGAAUGUAUAAUAAAUAAAUUAUUAUGGUUUCCAAUCAACAUUUGUACUCUCAAAAAAUUGUAUUUUAUUAUGAAUGUGGUUUGUUUGAGAUAAUCUAUUUAUUUAUUAAUUCAAAUUACAACUCAACUCAAAAAUAAUCACUACUCCGAAAUCACUAUUUUGUAUUUAAAAUCAUAAAAAUGAAUAUUUGAAACAGAUUUUGUCGCCAAUAAUUAGUAGUUAUUAAUAUUAGUAAUGUACUUAAAAAACUUUAUUUACAAAAAUACAAAUGUCAGCUAAACAUCAAUACAACAUUUAUUUUGUAUUAACUGCUUGUAAAGUGUUUUUAUAAAUUGUAAUGGUUUUUUAUAAAUUAUUAAAAUGAGUCAUAUGUAUGAAGAAGCAUGACUUAUUUUAUGCAACAGAAACAAAAUAUGUUUUAUGACUAUAAAUAUUUUUUUUAAAUUAUUUUGCUAGGAGUAAUAAU